AUGGGACCUACCGGUUUUGUCACGCGAGCCGACUUUAACAAUUGUCGGCCUACUGCAGCGCGCUCAACUCCAGUCGGCGUAAUGCCAAGCCUGGCUGUUUCAAUGAGCGGAGAAAAGGUUAUACGGGAUCCAAAAAGGCGAGGAGAAGAGGGGUGGGUUGUUGCAGAGAAGGAUCGAGAAGAAGAUGGUCCUGUAUUUUAA